AUGGUCAUCCAAGACCCCUUCAAGCCGGCCAAGCGGGUCGCGGGCCAGAGACAAGAUGUUUGGAGCAUUGUGAAUGAGGCGGCACAACAGAGUAACGUGAGUCCCAUGGUCAAUAUGGGCCAGGGAUUCUUUGGAUACAACCCUCCGCAGUUCGUUGUCAAUGCAGCAAAGGAGGCAUUAGAUCGGGUUGAAUGCAAUCAGUACUCGCCGACGAAGGUAAGCUGGAGGAACGAGAGUCGAUAGUGGGGAUUGACAUUGAGAGAAAAUGUACAGGGACGACCGCGCCUAAAGAAGGCUAUCGCAGAGGCGUAUUCGCCAUUCUUCGGCAAGCAAUUGAAUCCAGAUACUGAGGUGACGAUCACGACCGGCGCAAACGAGGGAAUGCUGUCUGCGUUUAUGGGCUUCUUGGAGCAGGGAGACGAAGUGAUCGUGUUCGAACCGUUCUUCGACCAAUACGUCAGCAACAUUGAGAUGCCUGGUGGAAAAGUGGUGUACGUCCCUAUGCAUCCACCCAAAGACGGGGCAGUCAAGACCACCAGUGCAAGCGAAUGGACCAUCGACAUGAAAGAGCUCGAGGCGGCAAUCACGGAUCGGACACGCAUGAUCGUACUCAACAGCCCGCACAACCCCAUUGGCAAGGUGUUUAGCAAGACAGAGCUCCAAGCAAUUGGCGACGUGUGCGUAAAACACAACAUCAUCAUCCUGUCCGACGAAGUUUACGACAGAUUAUACUACGUACCCUUCACCCGUGUCGCUACUCUAUCGCCUGAAAUCGCAAAGCUCACGAUCACGGUGGGAUCUGCGGGCAAGAACUUCUACGCGACGGGAUGGAGAGUGGGCUACCUGAUCGGCCCAGAGCACCUUAUCAAAUACGUCUCCGCAGCACACACGCGGAUCUGUUACAGCUCCGUAUCGCCACUGCAAGAAGCCACGGCUGUUGCCUUUGAGCAGGCAGAUGCGCACAACUUCUGGGAAGAGUCCAAGACGGAGAUGAAGAGCAAGAUGGACCGCUUCAACCAGGUGUGGAACGAGCUCGGCCUUCCAUACUCAGAUCCCGAGGGAGGCUACUUCGUGCUGGUCAACAUGGCAAAGGUCAAGCUGCCAGAAGACUACCCGUUCCCUGAGCAUGUGGCGACAAGACCGCGAGACUUCAAGUUGUGCUGGUGGUUGAUCAAGGAGUUCGGCGUUGCUGCGAUCCCGCCGACCGAGUUCUUCACGGACGCCAAUGCACACAUCGUGGAGGACUGGCUGCGAUUCGCGGUUUGCAAGAACGACGAUGUGCUUGAGCAAGCGAAGGAGAGGCUCAGGGGACUGAAGAAGCAUAUGUCGUGA